AGCCUAGUAAAGUAGGAAUUGAAUGGGGAUUGGGCAUGAGCACCCAAUAUAAGGCAACAACAGAGCUGCCUAAGCUGCAGCUUUAUUGGCUUACUCACUCACAAAAUCCAACACACAAUUCUCUGUCUGCCCCUCUUCACUCUUCUCUCAUUCCAUUUUCCUCUCUCACUGAGUCUCUGAAAAGCAGAAGCAGCAGACACAGAUAGCUAGCCAUGCACGCCAGCAACGGGAAGGAGAAGCUGGUGGUGGAGGUGGUGGCGGCCCACAACCUGAUGCCGAAAGACGGCCAAGGGUCGUCGUCUCCUUUCGUGGAGGUGGAGUUCGAGAACCAGCGCCUCCGCACUCAGGUGAAGCACAACGACCUCAACCCGGUAUGGAACGAGAAGCUCGUCUUCCACGUCACCGACCUCGCCGACCUCCCCUACCGCACCGUCGACGUCAACGUCUUCAACGCGCGCCGCUCCAACAACACCCGCAACUUCCUCGGAAAAGUCCGCGUCUCCGCCUCCUCCGCCGCCCGGGAGGGCCACGAGUCCGUGCAGCUCCACACGCUCGACAAGCGGAGCCUCUUCUCCCACGUGCGCGGCGAGCUCACCCUCAAGCUCUAUCUCUCCACUAAAGCAGAGGUCAAACCGGUCUCUCCCUCCGCCGGCGGAGGAGGCGCGAUUGUUUCCAACAAAAACAAGAAGAUGCAGCGGAAAGGCGCCAACUUGGUUGUUCCCAAGCAAAUUCUGCCCGGCCCGGGCGCCGUCGUCACUGCCUUUCCCGGCAACGAUUAUUCUUUGAAAGAGACGAGGCCUCAUCUGGGCAGAACGAGCUCCGCCUAUGAUCUGGUGGAGCAAAUGCAGUAUCUCUACGUGAGAGUGGUGAAGGCCAGGGAGCUGGCGGCGGCGGCCGGAGAAGCGGUGGCGGAGGUGAAGCUCGGGAACUACAAGGGGAUCACGAAGAGGGUGUCCUUCUCCGCCAGUCCGGAGUGGAAUCAGGUGUUUGCCUUCUCCAGAGACUGCAUUCAGUCGUCGGCGGUGGAGGUGUUCGUCAAGGAGGGAAACAAGAAAGACGAGUUCUUGGGGCGUGUUUGGUUCGAUCUUUCAGAGGUUCCGAAGCGGGUCCCGCCGGACAGCCAGCUGGCGCCGCAGUGGUAUAGGAUGGAGGAUAAGAAAGGGGAGAAAGUGAAAUCCGGUGAGGUUAUGGUUUCAAUUUGGUUCGGAACUCAAGCUGAUGAGGCCUUUUCAGAGGCGUGGCAUUCCAAGGCGGCUAAUGUCCAUUUUGAUGGUCUGAACUCGAUUAAAUCCAAGGUUUAUUUGUCUCCAAAGCUGUGGUAUUUGAGGAUUGGUGUGAUUGAAGCUCAAGAUGUGGUGUUGGGAGACAAGAUGAGGUAUCCAGAGCUGUAUGUUAAAGUUCAAGUGGGGAAUCAGGUUUUGAAGACGAGAAUUGCAUCUCUUUCGGGUAGGACCUUUUCUAAUCCUUAUUGGGAUGAGGAUUUGAUGUUUGUUGUGGCUGAGCCUUUUGAGGACUACUUGUUGAUCUCGAUUGAGGAUCAUUUGGGUUCCGGCCGCGGCGACGAGGUUGUCGGGAGGAUGGCUCUCCCGGUUUCCAACGUCGAGAGGCGUCUCGACGAGAAAGGUGCAGUAUCGAGGUGGUACAACCUUGACACGCGCGAGGGGAAGGCCGUGGGGUUCGGGUGUCGGGUGCAUUUACGUGCGUCGCUGGAGGGUGGAUACCACGUGCUCGAUGAGGCGACCGUGUACAGCAGCGACGUCCGCCCCACGGCGAAGCAGCUGUGGAAGCCUAGCAUUGGGGUUCUUGAGGUUGGGAUUUUGGGGGCGUCGAAUCUUGUUCCGAUGAAGGUUAAGGAAGGGAAGGGAGGAAUUGCGGAUGCUUAUUGUGUUGCUAAAUAUGGGCAGAAAUGGGUGAGGACUCGGACCGUGGUGGAUAGUUUGAGUCCGAGGUGGAACGAGCAGUACACGUGGGAGGUGUUCGAUCCUUGCACGGUUAUCUCGAUCGGUCUGUUUGAUAAUUCUCGUGUUGCUGGGGCUGGUUCCCGCGACACGAGGAUCGGGAAGGUGCGGAUCCGUCUCUCUACACUGGAGACGGAUCGGGUGUACGCGCACGCGUACCCUCUCAUGAUGCUUCAUCCAUCCGGGGUGAAGAAAAUGGGGGAGUUGCAUUUGGCGGUGAGGUUCACGUGCACGAAUAUGUUGAACGUGCUUCACAUGUACGCCACGCCACUCCUCCCGAGGAUGCACUAUGUGGUGCCGCUGUCGAUGGCGCAGCUGGAAAGCCUGCGCCACCAGGCGAUGGGUGUGGUGGCGGCGAGGCUGGGGCGGGCUGAGCCAGCCCUGGGGAGGGAGGUGGUUGAGUACAUGCUCGACCAUGACUCGAACAUGUGGAGCAUGAGGAAGAGCAAGGCGAACUUCCUCAGGCUCACCAAGGUGGUGGGGUGGAUCGUGGCGACGGGGAGGACAAUGGAGAUGUUGAGAAGCUGGCAGAGGCCGGUGGUGUCUGCUGUGUUUGUGAUGAUGUUUAUGGUGGCGGUGAUGGUCCCGGAGAUCGUAAUGCCAUGCGUGCUGUUGACGAUGGCGGGGGUUGGGAUGUGGCGGUACAGGUUGAGACCGCGACAUCCGCCUUACAUGGAUGCUAGGGUGUCGUACGCAGAGAGCGUGCAUCUGGAUGAACUGGACGAGGAGUUCGACUCGUUCCCGACGAGCCGGAGUCCAGAGUUGGUGCGGAUGAGGUACGAUCGGCUGAGGAGCGUGGCGGGGAGGAUUCAGACUGCGGUGGGGGACUUGGCGACACAGGGAGAGAGGUUUCAGGCGUUGCUGAGCUGGAGGGACCCGAGGGCAACGUUCUUGUUUGUGGUGGUGUGUUUGGUGGCGGCGUUCGGGUUCUACUUGGUGCCGAUUAGGUGGGUGGUGGCGCUGGGCGGAGGAUAUUACCUCCGCCCGCCCAGGUUUAGGAGCCGGCAUCCGUCGAGCGCCAUCAGCUUCUUCAAGAGGCUGCCUUCGAAUGCGGAUGGCAUGUUGUAGGCAUGAGGAUGAAUGAUCAUGAUCUUUGCUGUUAGGUUGUGUUAUGUUGCUUCCUUUUAUACUUAUUUUUUUGCUUUGUAGACCUGUGGAUUAGUUGGAAGGGCUUCUUUUCUCAGUAUCUGGUUGUCUUAUUUUGUUGGUAAUGUAAAGUUGAAUAUUUGGGGUCCU